CUACAAUCAUUUCUUUAAACACUAUGAAGACCUUUGCCCUGGUUACGAUCACAGCACAGCCUGCGGUACUCGACUCAAGACAAAUACCCGUACCGGCGCCAGAAGGAUGUGAGCCAUGCUAUCAUGCCAGCCUACCUCUGCCCCAAAAGUGUUGGGCUGGAACGUCUGAAAAGAUCUUUGGCUCUUGUAAAGCGUGCUGUAAGAACUAG